AAAAAAAGAAAGAAAAAAAAGAAGCGCUGUUGAUGCGGAAGAAUGUGGUGCGCGGAUACACGGUGUACUACGACGUUACCGGUUCCGUUAAGCUGCGAGACCAAACUGCAGCAAACAAGCGGUUGAAUUAAAAUCCAAGAUGGCGACCGAGCUGGAAUACGAGUCGGUUCUGUGUGUCAAACCUGACGUCAAUGUGUACCGAAUUCCGCCGCGAGCGUCGAACCGCGCCGUCAGGGCAGCUGAUUGGAAGUUAGACGCUCCUGACUGGAUGGGCCGAAUGAGAGUGACGGCAAGGGGAAAAAUGGCUUUUAUUAAACUAGAGGAUAAGAUCUCAGGGGAGCUGUUUGCUCAAGCCCCAGUGGAUCAGUUUCCUGGUAUUGCCAUAGAAACUGUAAGUGACUCAAGCCGUUACUUUGUUCUUAGGAUUCAAGAUGACAGCGGUCGCAGUGCCUUUAUUGGUAUCGGAUUCGGAGAUCGGGGGGAUGCGUUUGAUUUCAACGUGGCUUUGCAGGAUCAUUUCAAGUGGGUAAAGCAGGAUAAUGAAUUUAGUAAGCAGGCUCAAACUCCAGACUUGGGCCCUAAAUUAGACUUGGGUUUUAAAGAAGGUCAGACUAUCACACUCAACAUUGGGCAAAACAAAAAGAGAGACAAGUCCCGUCCACAAAGCUCAGGUGGCCUUGGACUGCUUCCUCCUCCUCCGAGUGGCAAAAUCGUGCCGCCUCCUUCAGCCAGCGCCACCAAUAACAACACAGAACCAUUAACAUGCAGUAGCAACAUAGGUUGUUUGCUGGACUUAGACAGCAAUGAUGCUAACACUUUGGUCCAGCCAGCUCCUCCUAGCACAAAUGCUGACAUGUGGGGAGAGUUUACGUCUGACAGCUUGUCAUCUCAGCCCUCCAAGCCGGAUUCUGCCUCUACAAACUGGGUCCAGUUCUGAGUCUGUAAUUCCAAUGCUCACUUCAUGUCCCGGGUUUCUACUCAUCAUGCUCAGAAGCUAUCGCUUAAGUUGACCAUGCUCUCUCUCUCUCUCUCUUUCUUUUUUGCACUUUUUAAUUAUAACAUCCACAUUAACGUUUUGUACAGAAAUUAUUUAAUUGUCUUCUUGUUCAUGUAUUAUACACCCAUAGUCACCAGAUCCUCGAGAAGGACAGACAUAUAUUAAAUAAUGUGUAUAUUUGAAAACGCGUUUACUUGAACUGGAACAAGUUGUUAGGUGGAACAGCUUCGUUUUCUAAAGUGAUCUCAAAUGUGUUUAGUGUAAACGAAACGAUUGUGUCGCCCUCUGGUGGAGCAAAUGCAAAAAAUCAUUAAAAAAGUUGUACAAAAAAAAGAAAGGAAAGAAAAUGUAGUCGUGUGAACAAAAUGUGCUACAGCUCUGAAUUUCGUUUUCCAGCAUCAAUGCUUCUUUCUGACGAUAUGCAAUCAGUCUCAUUUGGAAAUAAGUCAGGAAUUCAUUCAUUUACUGUAAAGCAUUGAUGUUCUUACUGCACCUUCACCCUUGCUGGCUCUAAUAAAGCCUGAUCUGUCCUAGCAGCAAUAUUCAAAUAAAUGCCAUAACAGAAAUAAGAGGUCUAAGUCCUAAUGCCUUGCGAUAGCACAUACUUUUGUGGGUAGACCAAAUUCAAAAUCCUUCAAGACUACAUUUAAACGUGUGUCUCACACAGCAGAUUGCAGUGUUCUAGUGUGCAGUAUAGAAAACUCAGCUAUUUUAUGUGACUGUAACUGUGACAAUGUUUAUUUCUGAAGGUGAAUUAGCGUUACUUUAUCAAUUCCAGCUGUUGCUGCUAUUAGCAGGAAUUUGUUUUCUUCUUUUUUCCAUCGUGUGUGUUCAUUCUAGUAAUUUACCCCAAACAUGUAUAAUCUCAAAAACACUAUGUUGUAUAUGUAUAAAUAUAAAAGUCAAUGUAAUAAACAAUGCAAGUUCAUUCAUGAGAAAA